AUGUCUAACGUCUGCUUGUGGAAUCAUUGUUUGUUACCUGCAUCCGAACUCUCUUUGCAUUUAUCCAAAGAACAUAUUGGUUGGAAAAAGGCUGAAUACAAAUGUCAGUGGGACGAUUGCCAUCGAAAGAAUAUUGUUUGGCAUAGUCGGUUUUCUUUUGCCAACCAUUUACAUUUACAUACAGGCGAAAGUCCUUUUGAAUGUGGACACUGUCACAAAACAUUUUCAAACAUGGAAGGAUUAGAUCGACAUGCAAAGUUAGACCACGAACAACUUGAGAAAAAAGUGCCUGCGUCAAUAAAAAAGAAGCGCAAGCUGCAAGAACUACAACAACGUUACAAUGAUCAACUCUCUGACGAUUCUGACGAUUUAGAAGAGUUGCCACUUUUAUUAGAACGCGAAGUUAUACAACCUAGAGUCACACAUAUCAAAAACAAGGUCAAAAAGGACAGCAUGAUGGAUCAAUAUAAGCUAGCGAAAGCUCAACUAAAUUAUAUAUUACGGGAGAAUGAAAUGUUGUGUGAUGAAUGGGCCACAACCGAAAAGAAAUUAAAGAGAUUACGUACGGAAAGACGAGUCUUGUUGGAUGCAUUAGUUAAAAGAGGCUAUAAUAAUGAAGACGAGGAUUGA